GUCUCAUUGGCCUCCAGCUCAUCAACGGCAAGAACGAGUCGGCCCACAUCAAUGACGCAGUGGCCGUGGUGGCCCAGUCCAUCCAGGAGCUCUUUGAGAAGGAGAACAUUACGGAGCCGCCCAGAGGCUGCGUGGGAAACACCAACAUCUGGAAGACCGGGCCCCUCUUCAAAAGGGUUCUGAUGUCAUCAAAGUACCCAGAGGGCCUCACUGGACGAGUGGAAUUCAACGACGAUGGCGACAGGAAGUACGCUCACUACAGCAUUCUCAACUACCAGAAGAGUCGACUCAUUCAAGUUGGGAUUUACAAUGGAACACAGGUGGUGAUGAAUAAUCAGAGGAAGAUCAUCUGGCCGGGAGGAGAGACAGAGAAACCGCGGGGCUUUCAGAUGUCCACGAGACUAAAGAUAGUGACCAUACACCAGGAGCCCUUUGUGUAUGUGAAACCCACUGAGCAGGAUGGAACCUGCAAGGAGGAAAAAACAUUAAAUGGAGUGGCAGAUAUUAAAAAGGUGAUCUGCACUGGACCAAAUGAGACCAUAACAUUCCAG